AUGGGUGCCCAAACAGAUGCGGAUGGGCAAUCAAGGAAGUCGAACACAGAGAAUACUUCAAGGAGGAACUCGUUCUCCGAAUCGCUCAAGAAACUCAAGAACAGAAGAAAGUCGAUAUCUGAAUCGCUCAAAAAAGCCACGAAGAAGGUAUUAGGCAGAAACCCUGUGCCGAAGAUUGAUUCUUACAUCCAACGGCCGCAAGGAGACUUGUUGUAUGGCAUACAGCCUCAAUUCGGCAACUGGCAUGGUCCGGGAAACAUACCUGAUAUUCCCCAGCAGUUUGCGAAUGGCCAGCAACCUCAUUCUGGUGGAUCUAAUCCUCUUCCCCCGCAACACGUCCAGGGUCACCAUGCCUACCCACCUCAGCAGCGAGAUACGUCACUGAUGCCAACUUCGACGAACUCCUUACCAGCCCCUGCUCAGAACAUGGCGCCGUAUAUCAAUGGGUACGGGACGCCCGUGCAACAGCCAUUUCAGGGACACACUGGAUCCUACAACCAAUUCUCGUCCAAUGUGCCUCAUAUGCAAAGUCAAAAUGCUCAAGGAUUCCAUCAGGUUCAUACGCCUGAUGGGCCGUACACAUCAACCCAGCAGCUACCGCUUCCUCUUCACUACGGAUCCACACAGCUACGUAAUACACGCGACGUAGUUUCCAGGACCGGAUGCUAUGCACAAUUGAAAGGCCUCACUCGGCUUGUUGGUACCCAGGGUAGGAGAGGACGCCUACCCACAUCGCAAGGGUUCAACGAACCACCGGAGUCAUUGAAGUCGUUCAAACCUGUUUUGGGUCCAGAUGGUAGAAUUCAUUGUCCCAGUUGCCCAAAGACCUAUCGGCAAAGAAAGCAUUUGAACCGGCAUAAUCUGCGGCAUCUUGGGUUGCGACCCUACAACUGUGCUAUAUGUGGAGCUAGUUUUGAUCGUUCUGAUUCAAGAAAAAGACAUCAGAAGUCAUGUGCAAAACGUGGCAUGCCUUUUAGGUCUGCUGGUUAUCAUAUGCCCCCAGGGAGUGGCAAUAAAACACAGGACGGGAGAGUAUCGGAGCCAGCACUUCAGACAGGUUCCCACUCUGUAUCACUAGACCCAGCACAUGGGGAGAUGGGCUCGACAUUAUCAGAUAAGAUUGAUUACCAGCAAAGAACGACACACCCUAGAAAUGGGCACACGUAA